AUGUUGGACAUGGGAGAUAGGAAGGAAGUGAAAAUGCUGCCGAAAUCCUCCUUUAGCAUAAACAGCCUGGUGCCCGAAGCCGUCCAGAGCGACAACAACCACAACAGCCACAGCCACCACCACAACAGCCACCACCCCCACCACCACCACCAUCACCACCACCACCACCACCACCCGCAGCAGCAGCCCCAGCGAGCUGCCCCGGCCGAGGAGGAAGAGGAGAAGAGCCAGCUCCUCCUGCAGCCCCCCGUGGUGGCGGCUGCGGCGGCGGCUGCGGCCACCACCUCUGGCACCUUGGAGGUGGCCAAGGAGAUCCUGCCGGGCAAGGGGGAGCCGGGCUCGGCCGCGGCAGCCGCAGAACUGGAGGAGAAGGAGAAAGCGGCGGCGGCGGAGGAGAAGAAGGGGGCGGCGGAGGGGGGCAAGGAAGGGGAGAGCGGCAAGGAAGGGGAGAAGAAGAACGGCAAGUACGAGAAGCCCCCGUUCAGCUACAACGCGCUGAUCAUGAUGGCCAUCCGGCAGAGCCCCGAGAAGCGCCUCACCCUCAACGGCAUCUACGAGUUCAUCAUGAAGAACUUCCCCUACUACCGGGAGAACAAGCAGGGCUGGCAGAACUCCAUCCGCCACAACCUCUCCCUCAAUAAGUGCUUCGUCAAGGUGCCCCGCCACUACGACGACCCGGGCAAAGGGAACUACUGGAUGUUGGACCCUUCCAGCGACGACGUCUUCAUUGGGGGGACCACGGGCAAGCUCCGCAGGAGAUCCACCACCUCCCGGGCCAAGCUAGCUUUCAAGCGAGGCGCUCGGCUCACCUCCACCGGACUGACAUUCAUGGAUAGGGCUGGAUCUUUGUAUUGGCCUAUGUCCCCUUUCCUCUCCCUGCACCACCCCCGGGCCAGCAGCACUUUGAGUUACAAUGGGACCACGUCCGCCUACCCCAGCCACCCCAUGCCCUACAGUUCAGUGUUGACUCAAAACUCUUUGGGAAACAACCACUCCUUUUCCACGUCUAAUGGGUUAAGUGUUGAUAGACUAGUCAAUGGAGAGAUACCUUAUGCCACUCAUCACCUCACAGCAGCAGCUCUGGCCGCCUCAGUGCCAUGUGGCUUGUCAGUCCCCUGCUCUGGCACCUAUUCCCUAAACCCUUGCUCUGUAAACCUUCUAGCAGGACAGACAAGUUACUUUUUCCCCCAUGUUCCUCACCCUUCAAUGACUUCUCAAAGCAGCACUUCAAUGACGGCCAGGGCAGCCUCCUCCUCCACGUCUCCACAGGCGCCCUCCACUCUCCCUUGUGAGUCCUUAAGACCUUCUUUGCCAAGUUUUACAACAGGACUUUCCGGGGGACUUUCUGAUUAUUUCACACAUCAGAAUCAGGGGUCUUCUUCAAACCCUUUAAUACAUUAA